GAGCCUGUAUUAAAAAAUAUGUUUUCUGAUGGUCACCAGUUCUUUCUUGAAAUUAAUGCAGCGCCUCAGCUUUCGUACCAUGUUCGUGAAACCUGGUCCCGCAAUCAAGCGUCUGGCCCCCGGCAGUCAAAUGACGUCGUCGUGGUUCAAACUCUGCCAAAGCGGUCAGUUAAUAACCAGCACUUAUCAUUUCUUCAAAAUUGUGUUGCUCGUCUCUUUGUAAAUGGUGUGCCGUUAUCAUGGAAUAAAAUACAAGGCUCAGGAUCGAAAACCUUUUUCCCCCGUCCGACAUAUCCAUGGCAAGAGAAAGAGUUUUGGUACCGCAGUGCCCAUCCGCCUGAAUUCGUUACAUUCCUUGAUCAGCGAAACACUGACGAACAAACUACUACAACUGCCACUAUCCAUCCCCUUCUUGGCAAAACUGUACCGACAGAAACAUUUACUGGUUUAGAAGCUUGGGAAUCUGAAAUCAAUUUGCACGAUGUUCCCUACAUCAAGGAUCACAAAUUUUCACAAUCAUCGGACCCAGUGAUGCCUGCAGCUGUUUAUGUCGAGAUGAUAGCUGCAAUGUCGUUGCAUUUAUCUCCACAAUCAACUCCCGAAAUACGGAUCAUUCGCUUUGAAAAACUCCUGACCAUAUCCAACAACGAUUCGUACAGGAUUAGAACACGUCUUCUGCCUAGAAAAUCUUUCAGUGAAGAAAAAUCAUUUCAGAUAACAAUAGUGGAAAGCAACGAAGAAGAGAUUGUUGUUUCACAAGGCUCUAUUCAACUUGGUGUUGAGGAUGGGAAUAUUUUAAAACGUACCCCCCGAGAACGAAAUUUCAACACUAUUGAAAAGCUCAAAUCUGAAAUGGAAGAAAGGUCUACAACAGAUAUUGAAGAGAUUCGUAAAAUUGCAGGAUUCGCUUUCGGUCCCCAGUUUAAUUUGAUAUCUCAGGCCUGGUCUAAUGACACUGAAGCUCUUUCUCUCAUAUGCCCAACUGAAGAGAUCAAGAAUACAUCAGCAUAUGUAAUCCAUCCUUCUGUAAUUGAUGCUUGUUUCCAGACAGCCUUCCUAUUAAAAAGUAUUGCAGGUAAAUUGGUGCCUAAGACGAUCACAGGUAUCACCAUUUUCCAGAAGAUCCCGUGCACUCAACUGUUUCAUGCUCACGUGAAAAUAAUAGAAUCUAAAGAAGCACCCACUUACAGUAUUACUCUUAUGGAUUAUUAUGGUCAAGUUGUGAUGAUUAUUGACAAGUACAUAACGGCACAAAUUUUAUCAGACAAAGUGAAGACAACAUUUGAUGAAGCAGUAUUCACUAUUGGUUGGCAGCAGUUAGCGACUGAAUCUUCAAAGGCUAGUCAGGAUAAUGUGUGGCUUAUUUUGAGGGACCAAAGUAAGUUUGCAGAACGAUUUACACAGCAUAUUCCCGAAUACGAAAGUGUAAAUUUUGUUGAUGUACAAGACACGACAGAUUCAACUCGUGACGCAGUUUCUCAAGCAAUAGAUAAAGUAUUGAGAAAAAUAAAAGGCAAUAAAAGCUUGCUGGUGAUCAAUUUUUGGCCUGUCGAUGCCCGCAUGUUUAAUGCUGAUGCAAACAAUUUCCACAUUGUCCACAGCCUUACGUUCGAAACUUGUCUUUCGGUUUCUCAAGAGAUUUUAAAAAGAGAAGGCUCUCUCCCGAAGAUUCAGCUCGUUUUUGUCACUUCAGGAGUGGUUUCAAUUCCUCAAAUCCAGGAAAAUCAAAAUGAAAAUUUUCCAUGGGGUGCUUCUGUGUUUGGAUUUAGGAGAACCUUUUCCGAAGAAUUCACAAUCCCUAGUGCCUCAGUGAUCGACUUGCCAACCGAUCCUAGCGAAGAAGAUUUCCAUGCAAUGCUGCAAGACGUUGAAAAACAUGUGUUGGAAGAAGAAAUUGUUUAUCGAGGUGGUGUACGGUAUGUCAAUCGUAUUAAAAAGCUUGUCCUUGAUGAUUCUACCCUUGCAAAAAAAGAAUCGCCUCUCUGGAAAGACGGGACACGUAAGCCUAUAAAAUUGGCAAGUAUGUCAGGGCAGUGGUUCCUACAAAAAGUAACGAACGAACGAAUUAAAGAAAAAAAGGAAAUUGAAGUUCAUUAUGCCUGUUCUAUCUUAGACAAGGAAUGGCGAGAUAUGAAGAGGAACGAUUGUAUUUCAAUAGCCGGUAAAAUAUACAAUGGACACGAAGAAACUGAUUCCUUUGCGGUUGGUGUUUGUAAAGUUGGUGAUCUUGCAAGUUUUGUUGCUGCAGAAAAAUGCUGUUUCGCUGAGAUGAAAGUCGAUUUCACAGCCCAACAAGCUGCGUCCAUUGGAUUUCCAAUGGCAAUGUCCUACCACAUUCUCACAAAUAUUCUUGGUAAUCUGGAAAGUAAGAGAAAAGUCCUUGUCUAUCAUCAAAGUGAAGAAGUGUGUUUCAUCUUCGCUUCCGUUGCCGUAUCCAUGGAUAAAAAUGUCGUGUGUCUUGUGGACAAUCAGGCAAGUAAAACCCGGAUGAUGAAAUUUGGUAUGUUCUUGGUUGUGACUGAAGACGAAUUAACGAGGGCUGACUCAAAAGAUGCUUGUUAUGAGGAAUUAGAUGCCGUAUGCUUUCUCGGUAGGACCAGUUCUUAUGUCACACGCCAAAUACUGAAACAUCUUAAAUCAGGGGCUACUGUGAUUGCAGUUACUCUCAAUGGGGAAGAAACGUUCAGGUUCAACCCAUGGAUUUACAUGAAAGAUGUCUUCCUUGUUUUGACCAGUUUACAAGACAUCACUGAAAACUCUAAGGAUUUUUCAGAGCUAUUGGACUUGUGCUGUUCAGUCUUGAAAUCGAAAGGCCAUUGGAACAACCUUUUGAAUAUACUACAACACGCAUCCAGCAUAUACGAUAUCAUCGGGUUCCGCAAUGAAUCCAACAAGCGAUGCACGGAAAAAACGCCUGAUGUUGAAACAAAGAAAGAGUUUUGUCUAAAUACAAUUUCUCUGAAGCCUAAGUAUCCUCCUGAUCAGGUUGAUUUUUACAGUCUACCUCUUGACGACAACGGUUUGAAAGAUGAUCGCACUUACCUUGUUAUUGGUGGUGUUCGUGGUUUUGGAUUCGAAGUCGCGAGAUGGAUGGUUGAAAAUGGAGCAAAAACAGUCAUGUGUACGGCUCGCUCAGCACCAUGCGAGGAAAAGAAAGAGGAGGUCAAACUUUUGGAGAAGAAAACUGGAGCUCGAAUUUUUUUACGACAAGCAGACGUAACAUCUUUGGAAGAAAUGAAUGUAAUAAGGAGUGAACUAGAAAGUUUGCCUGCGACAGCCGGAAUUGUUUUUACUGCCAUGGUAUUAGCCGAUCAAUUGCUAAAAAAUGCCGACUUGAAGACAUGCAGAGAGGUUGUGGGUACUAAGGUAAAAGGAAGUGUUAUCCUUCAUGAACUCAGUCUAUCGAUGGAUCUAGAUUUCUUCAUCAUGUUUUCCUCAAUAUCUGGAGUUCUUGGUAAUUCUGGCCAAGUAUCUUACGCUGCAGCUAACUCCUUUUUGGACCAACUAUGCGAAUAUCGUCAAAACAAGCUUGGGCUGCCUGCCUUGUCGAUUAACUGGGGAGCGAUCAGUGGUGCUGGGGUAUUGGAGAGAAAUAAAGAUGUUACCUCUAUCCUGGAAACUUCUGGAUUGCUUUCCCUUCACUAUACAAAAGGAUUCGAAUUUCUGAAAUCUAUCAUGCUUAAAAAAUUUAACGAAGCUCAAGUCUGUGUAUGUCCUGUGGAUUGGCAAAUCUAUCUUAAAGGGCAUACUUCUUCGAGAUUGCAAUUGAAACGAGAUGAAACGAUGGUUGUUGCUGACGAUAUUAUGUUGGAAAACCUAGCACUACAACCGUUAGACUUCAGAGUUAACUACGUUCAAGAUUUUGUUAAGCGCCUCCUCAGCUCAUGGUCGGGAAGUGAAGCCUCCGAAUUGAACUUAAACAUCGGUCUUUACAAGUAUGGCAUCGAUUCAAUUGUUGCAGCAAAUAUGAGACUUCGAAUUAAAAAUAGCAUUGGUGCCACGUUUGAGACGUACUAUUUUAUUCAACCAAAUGUGAGCGGCCUAACAAUCGUCAAUGAUAUUCUGGAACAAAUCGAGAACAUCAACACCACGAGUGUGAAGGGUGAAUCUUCACAAAAAGCUAACCAAAGCAGAACAAAUAGUUUGCCUGUUGACAGAGAGAAGGGCGCUUCUGCAGAUAAAAAUGUUCUCUUAUCUAAUGUUUUCCCCGUUUACAACGCUGAGAAUGAAGAAAGUGAAGAUGGAGUUGAAUUGCAAUCCGUUGACAACCCCGAGAAAGUAAUUCCUCUCUAUACAUCAGAAAGUGUGUUUGUGAAAGUAUUCAUGGUUCAUGGUAGCCCCAAAUCAGCCCUUGCUUUGGCAUCAUUUGCACAAGGUUUCCAAAAACAGGCCAAGAUUGCAUUGUAUGGUAUUGGAGUAGAUGACACGUCGAUUGAGAAGAGUGACUAUGGAACAGUGCUGACACUCGCCCGAAGAUAUGUAGAUUUAAUCAGAAAAAUACAGCCAAGCGGUCCAUUUUAUCUUGCUGGAUACUCCUUUGGUGGCCUGGUGGCUUACGAAAUGGCGAGUGAACUGAAAAGAAAUAAUGAAACUGUCGCGAUGGUGUUCAUGGUGGAUACGUACGGAUGGCACCCUAAAGCUUUGGCAAACUCCAACGAAUUCGUGAGAAAAUUUGCCGAGCAUAAGUUGAAGUUGACUGAAAAAUAUGUGACAAGAAAACUCAUCGAAAAAAUGGCCUUCGCUGAGCUGGGUAUAAAUAAGGAUACCCUUAAUAAUUUUUAUGGAGAAUUACAAGACGACGUGGAAGUCAUUGCGGCGUUAGAGAGUCAAGCUGCCGAAGAAAACCUUGUGUUUCCAUUGAAAGAAAAAGCUGAAAAACUUCAGUAUGAACUCAGAUCAGCCGCUGAGGCUCACUUGGAUUGGCAACCUUCCAAGAUAUGCUACGAAGGGACAUUAACAUACGUAAGCUGUGAUGAAACAAACUCAUUCUCUCUUUCCACACCAGCGAUAUGGGGAACGUUAGUUGAGAGAAUGGAUUUGCUCUACGUUUCUGGACGUCAUCUAGAGCUGAGCGAGGAGACUCGGGCGGAAAUUUGUGGAUUCAUCAUGAUGACUACAGCAGCAAUGAACUAUCUGUCAAAAUUUUCAUACAAUAAAUUCCAGGCAGUAAGAUCAAAGCGUCAAGAACGAUUGGUGGAAUUUCUAAAGCAAGGGCUAUCAAUCUGGAUGCUGUCAAGUCAAUCUGGUACAUCUAUAGGUUCGUUAGAAUGGAUAAAAGGCACUCUCUUGUUGAAUUGCGAAGAGACCGUAUUUAGUUUUCAAUAUAAAUCGUUUGGAUUUCACAAAAUGCAAAAUAUUGCGAUGAGAGAUUUGACAAACAUCAUUCCUGGCAGGCAUGUUGAUGUAAUUCAGAAACACCAUGGAAAAAAAUCAUACGUUGAUUUACUGACAUGUUUGCUGACCAAAAAAGACCGUCUUCAGACGUUCCGAUCCAUGGACAUGCAGCGCCUCAAACUACUAGUGGAUUGUUUAGAAGCACUUUUUGGGAUACCGUUCAUGCACUGAUAGAAAAUUUUACACAGUCUCUUUAUGGACAAUAUUUAUGCCCUACAUUAAUAAGUUUUAAAACACAAUGUAUACUGCACUAUCGCUGUUAUAAUCAUACCUAUGAAAUGUUUUUGUUUUAGACUAUAUAAUUAUAUAGUGGAUCAAAGACUAAGGUGGAUUUUGAUGGAAGUUCACGAAAUAAAACUUAAUUUUCCGUAAUCAAUAAAUUUC